ACAAAAGCACAAGAAGGCGAGAUGUCUGAGGCAAAGGUCGUGCCUGUAACGUCCAAAGACUUCCAGGAAGUAUUACAGCAAAGUCUGUCAGACAGGCGACGCGCGCUAGACGAGGUCGAGGAGGGAAGCAACACGUCACUGGUGGAAGAGAUGGCGGAAAUAUUUACUGCCGAAUAUGUCGAUGACGAAGAAAUCAGCCCGGAAGAAGGAGCGGGCCAAAUGUGUGAAGUUCCUGUCGUGAAAGACUGCUCCGUCCAGCAAGCAGGUGACGUCAUACCGGAAGAAAUCACCCCUGCAUGUUGUAUUGCUGGAUUUGACGUCGUUCGAACGGAAGGGCGAGGAGAUUGCGUAGCUACAGACGAAGUGGUGGUAGACCUGGAUAAUAACAGUAACAGCGCCAAGCUUCCGUCUGUCUCUGAGUUGCAUAAUGGCAGUCAAGCCCAAGCUCUGGGUGAUACGUGUUUUCCAAAACCGUAUGGGCAGGGAAAGGCUGAGAGUGUGGGAGAGGAUAACUGUUUUGAGGGAGUGCGGGAAAGUUUGAGUAGUGAAAGUCCAGUUUGCGAAAACAUAGUUUCUUCAGUCGAUUGCGUAUUAGAGAAAAUGUACUCAAAACAAAAUGAAUCGUGUGGAUCAGAUAGUGAGACAGGUUAUGAGGAAAACUGUGAGCUCGUGGUCCAGAAAGAUGAUGACGAUAUUGCUGCACAGAAAGAACAGUUGGCUGGAGAGAAGUUACAUUUUCGAGAAAACAGCCCUGCCCUUGAGAACGGUAAGCCAAACAGCACCCAGCAACCGGAGGACUGCACCAAUGAAAUUGUCUCCAAUGAAAAUCAAAGUGAUGACAUACACGAGGUCGUUCCACAAGACAGCAGUCGCAGUUGUAGCAGCCACAAUGUCACACGUUCCGAAAAGGAGGUAAACCAGGAGAGAGAGGUAAUUACAACUGACCAACUUAACGAGUUUCCAAACACCGCCCAGGCACAUGCUUUACAGUUCACAGAAGCCUUCCAGAAAGCUCUCCAGAGCGCGGAGGCCAGACAACAGUUGGAUACGUCAGAGCGCCAAAAUAAAUGUGCACAGGAGCACACGGCGGGGAGACCCGCGCGGAGCGCGAAGAACCGACUCUCCGAAAGGAUCAAACUCCUACAGGAGCAGCUCAGGCAGGAGAUCGCGUCUAGCGAGUCGCGGCCCAGACAAGUCGAGCGACUUCAGAGACGCCUGAUGGACGCCGAGGAGAUGUCGGCGAGCGGGAGGGGCGUGCGGAGACAUCAGCGGAGUGUGUCCCGGUCAGACAGGACCUCCCACACACACGCUCAGAGAGCCCGCCGCUCCAUGACGCCGGGGAAGAGAGAGAGGCCGUUCCGACACUGGCUGGGAGUGGCUAAGUGCGUGACCCCCGACUGUAGGUUCAUCAUCUCCUCCAGGGAGGACCGGGCCAGUCUGCCUUCGUCUUCCGCGCGGGCGGGAACUGUGACCGGGGCGGGGGCAGGCAAGACGUCUGCUGGUGGGUCGGCCAAAGCCAAAAGAGCCAAAUCGCAAGACACCAUUCAGGAAGAAGAAGAAGAAGAGGGAUCGGCUCCUAACAUCUCGUUUUCAAUAGACGCCGAUGAACGUACAGUGUCUGGUAGUGAAGAAAGGAAGAUAACCGGUCAUCCUUCACGGCAAGAUACAUCCAGCGUAGCGUGUGCUCAAAACGUAAACGAGCCGGUGUCAGCACACACUGAUCUAGGUUAUAAUGAGACCUGGCACGAUCUUUCUCGGUCUACCGAACAAACUGUUGAAAACGGUGUGUUUCCCCACUCACAGUGCGAGGGGUCACCGAUGAACCCUUUGGAUUCUGAAGCAACAGAUGUCCAAGUCAGUCCUGUCGUAAGGUCCGUGCCUCAAACAUCCAGUGCGGCUGAUACAGUGUCUGGUGAAAUAAAAAGCUUGCCCCUUGUGACCUCCGCUGUUGCCAACUUAAGUCUAGGGGACGAGCAAGCGCCAGGAUCAAGGUGUGCUGCCGAAGAAACUGUUAAAUCUGGUGCUUCCGACCUAGGCAUCCACCACAAAGAUGCCAGCACAGCUAGCUAUGAAUUCGACAAAAGCCAAACCUUGCCUACCUGUCUGAGCGCUAAUGGCAGACCAGAUGUCCCAGUACUGAACACACGCAACCCCAAUGUACCUCCGAGUAAUUUCACAUUUGUCGUCACCUGCCCUUGUAAUGCCAUGAAAGAGAAAACAGGUUCCGCGCACAGUAAGCUGAAAUGGAACACCGCUCACUUCAGCCUGUACGGCAAUACUGGCGACAUUUCGAGUUCCCCGGCCAGCAUCUCUAAACGUCUCUUGCCAGAUGACUGUGGCUCGCCACUGUCAAAUAAAGACACACAAGUUAUAUUUCGUAGAUCGUCAAAACUGGGGAAGAGUCAGCAUGACCGUGAAGACACGGGAUCUGUCUCGUUUAGCAGCACCCUCGAGUCGCUGUCUCCUCCUCUCGAGAAGACCACCAAACCGAUGACGUCAGCGGAAGCGGACAAAAUACGCGGGCCUCCGGGCAAUGACGCCACGUCACCGCCGCUGUCUGCGAGCUGCCGCACACGCUACACGACACACACCACGUCUCCUCCUUCGCAGCAGCAACACAGGGGGAUCAGCAGCAGAGCGGUGGUCCGAGAACCGACCCCCUACCACCCCAGACCGCCCGGGUACAGUAGUAGCAGCGCCCAGCACAAACUACUGGAGAAUCACGGGAGAGCGCGACGUCAUCACAGCCGCGCCAAAGAGAGGUCCGCGUCCCGUCACGGCGCCGCCCGCCGGACUCAUCCUCUCGCCGCCGACUACAGAGUGAUACACCGCGCGCACUCCAGGACCGUGGGGCGGGGCGUGGACAGGGUGGAGCUCAGGCCUCCUCCUCCUCCCGGGCGGGAAGACGGGUCAGGGGAAGAAGGAUCUGCUGGAGCCGGCGGGAACGUGUUCAGACGUCUGCAGCUGAGGCCGUGUGAGGUGGCCGUUUACCCGUCCAGGUCUCGCGGCUUGACCAGUCAGGCGGAGGUGGGCAAGGUGCUGCGUCCCGAAGUGGCCGAGAAGCUGCUCCAGAAGGUCAAUAGGUCACAGAAGAAGCGGAGUGGCUGCAAGUACAUGGCUGUAACGGCCGUUGAGGACUACACGGGGACUCUCCCAGGUCAGCUGAGCUUCCGGGCCGGACAAAUCAUCAAACUGCGACGUUCGGACGAGGAGCCACAGGACGGUCUUUGCUACGGUUAUUACAGGACGGGGAGACUGAGGAAGAAGAGGAAAGGUCUCUUCCCACUGUCCUGUAUCUCCACUGUGAACAGUGAUGGCGAGCAGUUGACCUCUCUGUAAUCGUCAAAGAUCCCCCCCCCUCCC